AUGUACAUCGACGAGGACAGCGAGGAAAGUUCGCCCUUUGUGAUGCUCACAUCGCCGACAAAGUCUUGGCCUGCCAGUUACGGUAAAAAGAACGGCAUGUGGUACGCAUCACCCGGGAAUCAGGGCUGGGGCUCAAAGCCCGCCAGUCGCAAGCCUUCAAUAAUGGAAGCGGAUUUGGGCACAUUAUCGACCACAUCGGGCUCGAUAAAGCGCAGCGCCGGCCGUGUGAUACGCAUCAUCAAUAAUUUGGAUCAUUCCGUGCAGUGUCGCGUUCUAUUAAACCUGCGCACCUCACAGCCCUUUGAGGAAGUGCUCGAGGAUUUGGGUCAAGUGUUGAAAAUUAAUGGCGCCAAGAAAAUGUACACUGGCACGGGUCAGGAGGUUCGCAGUUUCUCGCAGCUACGCAAUGAGUUUGCCGAUGUGGACACAUUCUAUCUGGCCACUGGGACAGCGCUCAUUGCCGGCUCCCCCAUUCGCCGUUCUCGCUCGCGCCCCUCUGUGGUGGCUGCCGCGCCCAUAUUGCCCACGGAGGACCUGCCUAAGGUGCCAUUACGCGGUGCACGUCCGCGCAGCAAGAGCCGUCCACGCAUACUUUAUGCCCCGGAAAGUGAGAUUUUGCGUCCCAACGGUGAAUACACCAUGCUGGACAUCAUGAAAGAGGAGCCCACAAAGGUGACCAUACGAGGCUUGCGUCGCACUUUCUAUCCGCCCGUCCAUCACGCCCCGGCAGAUAAUUCGCCCCCGGACAAAAAGUUGCAGCUCCAAUGGGUGCACGGCUAUCGCGGCAUCGACGCCCGUCGCAAUUUGUGGGUUCUACCUUCCGGGGAGCUGCUCUACUAUGUGGCCGCUGUGGCCGUGCUUUUGGAUCGCGAUGAGGAUGCACAGCGUCAUUACACAGGCCACACUGAGGAUAUCAUGUGCAUGGAUGUUCAUCCGUCCCGUGAGCUUGUGGCCUCAGGUCAGAAGGCCGGUCGCGAUCGCAAGUCACAGGCACAUGUCCGCAUUUGGAGCACCGAGUCCUUGCAAACUCUCUAUGUGUUUGGCAUGGGCGAGCUGGACAGCGGUGUUACUGCUGUGGCCUUCUCGCAAUUGAACGGUGGCAGCUACAUUCUCGCUGUGGACAGUGGACGUGAGAGCAUCUUGUCUGUUUGGCAAUGGCAAUGGGGACAUCUGCUUGGAAAAGUCGCAACUCUGCAGGAGGGAUUAUCGGGUGCCGCCUUUCAUCCAUUGGACGAUAACCUGAUCAUCACACACGGUCGAGGACAUUUGGCGUUUUGGCAUCGUCGCAAGGACGGCUUCUUCGAGCGCACGGACAUUGUCAAGCAGCCAUCGCGUUCUCACGUCACCAGCGUACAGUUUGAGCCGGAUGGUGAUGUCAUAACCGCCGAUUCGGAUGGUUUCAUUACAAUCUACUCCGUGGAUUCAGACGGCGCCUACUUUGUGCGCACUGAGUUCGAGGCUCAUAACAAAGGCAUCGGAUGUCUGAUAAUGUUGGGCGAGGGAACGCUGUUGUCCGGCGGCGAAAAAGAUCGCAAAAUAGCAGCCUGGGACUCGUUGCAGAACUAUAAAAAAAUUGCAGAUACCAAGCUUCCCGAAGCGGCCGGCGGCGUUCGGACCAUUUAUCCACAGCGACCGGGGCGGAACGAUGGCAACAUCUAUGUUGGCACCACACGGAACAACAUCUUGGAGGGAUCACUGCAGCGACGCUUCACGCAGGUCGUCUUUGGUCAUGGGCGUCAGUUGUGGGGUCUGGCCGCACAUCCCGAGGACGAGUUAUACGCGACGGCCGGACAUGAUAAGCAUGUGGCGCUCUGGCGCAAAAACAAACUCAUUUGGACCAUACAAACGGGCUACGAGUGCGUGGCCCUGGCCUUUCAUCCAUUUGGCACGGCUCUGGCUGCUGGCAGCACGGAGGGCCAUCUGCUGGUCAUCAAUUGUGACAAUGGAGCGGUGAUGUUAACGCUGCGCGUUUGCGGCUCACCCUUGAACUGUGUGUCCUACAAUCAGGUCGGUGAUAUGAUUGCCAUGGGCUCGCAGAACGGCAGCAUUUAUCUCUUCCGCGUCUCUCGCGAUGGUUUCUCUUACAAGAAAGUGAAUAAAAUACGCGGCUCUCAGCCGCUGACACACCUGGACUGGAGCAUGGACGGCAAUUUUGUGCAGACAGUGACCAUUGAUUUCGAUCUAUUGUUCUGGGAUGCGAAGUCUUUGUCGCCAGAGCGCAGUCCCAUUGCCAUGAAGGACGUCAAGUGGCUGACCAAUAAUUGCACAGUGGGCUUUCUAGUGGCCGGUCAAUGGAGCAACCGCUACUACAGCACCGCUAACACCAUUAUAGCCACCUGCAGUCGCUCCGCAGCGCAGGACAUGCUCGUCUCUGGCGAUGCAGAGGGCUAUUUGCGCUUAUUCAGAUACCCCUGCAUCUCGCCUCGUGCCGAAUUCCACGAGACUAAGGUAUAUUCAGGAAUGUUGGCCUGCGCUCGCUUCCUAUGUGGUGACCACACACUCAUUACUGUGGGCGGCACAGAUGCCUCCCUCAUGGUCUGGGACAUUGUUGAGGAAUAGCUGAAAUGGCCACCGUGGCGCUCAACUGCACAGUACGAGUCACAAUAUACGGACUACUGGCGUCGACGCACGUCGCGCGUUUCCUCCACAUUGCUGGACAGUGAUUCCGUUGACUAUCAGUAGGUCCUCCCAUCGGGCCCCCCGAAACCACGACCUGUGCAGUUCCGCUUGCAUAAACAACUAAAAUAUAUAAUUGGCCAGAAUUACGUUUGGUUUUAGUAAAAGAAAUUGAUUAAAAUCGAUAACAUUAAAUUAAUAUUAGAUAAUUGCACAAUUUAUUACAAGAAAACAAGUUACGAGAAGCGCUCAAGAACGUAC